CGAUAUUUAAACUAACUAUUGAUCGCUGUGACUGCCGACUGACGCCUUCACGCAAGUCGGCCUGGUCUCCUGUCUCCACACAAAAUGAAAUUCGAGUUCGUGUUGUUUAUCAAAUUGUUGGUGGCCUGCGCAUUACUAGUAGUAGCAGUCGCUAUCCCAGAAUGGUAUGGAGGAGAUCUUUUUAACUCUUACUAUGAGUCGCGAUCAACAUUUGUGGCAGUCGGUGUGAUAAUAUGCGCUGGUGUGGCAUGUCUUUUCGUUGUGUUGAUUCUCGACCUGGUCAGCCUUAUCGGAAAAGGGCAACUUCAUGGAGCAUUGGGGCUGGCUCGCCAUAUUCUGCUGCUCAGUGGUACUACUUUGCUCAUUCUCGCUCUGAUAAUCUACGUUGUCAAAGUUCAACAACAAUGGUCAUACGUACUUUCGGUCUGUGCUACCAUGCUGGUCAGUGAGCUGGCUCUAUACACGGUGUGUGGAUGCGUUGGGGUGAAAUGAUGGACGCUGACGAGAUACGCAACUGACGAAGAUAUAGUCGGAGAACUUCGCUGUUCACCGCACAAAUGCAAACGCUGUUCCCCCAUCAUAUGUACUGGACAUAGUUGGAACAUGCGUUAUUAACG